UGUUAGGAGCGGAUCUAGUUCUCGUCGUUAGACCAGCCAUUCCACACUCCGUCGGUCGCCGUCCACCUUUGUCGGCUCUGCGUGGUUGUUCUGGGCAAGCAGUGAAGAAUGUUCGAAUCCUAGAGCUUUUUCUACUCCCAAAAUCCGGUGCAUGUCCUUCCUUGAAGAGGAUGUUUUGCACUUACAGUGGCCGUGACCUUGCAAGUGAUAUUCAAGAACUCAACGAGCAAUUGGAGUCAAUAUUUGGUCAACCUCCUUCAAAUAGAUUUGAUGGCGCUGGGAGUAAUGGUCCUGCAAAUAACCCAAAAACAUUUGAAAGUACUUCUGGUUUGACUCAUACCAGCAGUAGUGGGGAGGCUCAAAUGGUGGAUGUGUCCCCAAAAGAAAAUACUAAAAGAACUGCCAUUGCGAGUUGCAAGGUAAUUCUUGGAAAGCAUGUGUUUGAUUUGGUUUUAGCAAAUCAAAUGGCCAAAGGGGAUGUACUUGGUGUGGCGAAAAUCGCAGGCAUAAGUGGUGCUAAGCAAACCAGUAGUCUUAUUCCAUUGUGCCAUAACAUAAUUCUUAGUCACGUACGAGUGGAUUUGGAAUUGAAUCAUACAGACCACAGUGUAAUGAUAGAAGGGGAAGCUGCAACAACAGGGAAAACUGGCGUUGAGAUGGAAGCCAUGACAGCAGUUACUAUUGCUGGCUUAACAGUGUAUGAUAUGUGUAAGGCUGCUUCAAAAGAUAUAGUUAUUACAGAUGUGAGACUAAAGCAUAAAGCAGGUGGCAAGAGUGGGGAUUGGUCAUCGGGACAGUAAUGUUUCAAAAGAUAUGGCGAUGUGCUAGUUUGGACAACACAACAAGAAAGAAGCACCUGAAUGGCGGUAUUUGUACUUUUUAUUCUUAGUUUGAUUCAAUGGAUGCUUUGGACAAUAAUGAAAUGCAUUUGCCUUA